CAACAUGUCUACAAAUAGCCAUGCUUUUACACGUGCAGCAGCCUCAGGAAGCAAAGGACAGAUCUGGGCAUGGACAUCGCGGGGCUCCCUUCCGACAUCCUCGUGGAGGUGACUGCAAGCAUCGCGACGAGGUCGCCGACUCCCCUCAGCGACGUCGUCAGCUUCAGGCGGUCGUGCAAGGUGUUCCGCGACUGCACUGGUGGGACAAGGCGAGGUUCCUGUCGGUGCUCCGGCGGUGCGCGGCCAGCGGCAACCCCGAGGCGUCCUACAUCUUUGGGCUGGAGCUGUUCUGCAACCGGCCGGGGAGAGAAGCCAGCGGGCUCCGCCGCGCCACGGAGCGCGGCCACGCCGCCGCGGCCUACAUGGUCGAGAUGCUCACGCUGCACCACGCGCACUCGCCGCCUGGCGGCACCGAGCGGGCGCUGCAACGCCUGGACUACUGCUCGUCCGCCGGCGCUGGACACGGCGCAGGGCCGCCUCCGUCCGCAGAGAGGCCGUGUCGUUCGUGCGCAGGCUGACGCUGCGUCGGUGGAGGAUGGCCGAGCCUCCCACGCCCUGCUCGAAUCGUCCGUGGUGCGGCAAGGUGGAGGCGGUCGAGGCCAGGGGCGUCCAAGUUGAGAGGCCCUGUUCAAAAGGUAGCAAAAAAUAUCAACAACAUUAACAUAGAUUUUUAUUACCAAUAAAAUUAGGGUAGGCUAGAGUUAAAAUCCAACAAGUUGUCACCGAAAGGGGAACGAGAGAGAAAGGGAGAAACUUUUGAGAGCACUAAUUUGAAAAAAAGUCUAAUCACGGUUCGGACACGUGGAUAACUUCUUUUCAUGCACUUCUAUCUAAACACAACUCCAUUAGGAUAUUACAUUCCUUCAUACCCCUUUUGAUUAUCUUCUCCCAUGUCAAGUUUGGUCGAUCACUACCUCUCUUCACGUUAUUGUCCCGUUUUAUGAUGCUUCUAUGCACCGGUGCCUCUGUAGGUCUCCGAUGGACAUGUCCAAACCAUCUCAACCGGUGUUGAAUAAGCUUUUCUUCAAUUGACGCUACUUCUAGCCGAUCGCGUAUGCCAUCGUUUCUCAUUCGGUCCAACCUUGUGUGCCUACAUAUCCAACGCAACAUACGCAUCUCUGCGACACUUAGUUGUUGAAUAUGUCGUCUCUUAGCAACACUCAGCCCCAUAUAACAUAGUAAGCCUAAUCGUUGUCCUAUAGAACUUGUUUUCAACUUCUGUGGCACUCUCUUGUCGCAUACGACUCCCGAUGUUUGACGCCAUUUUAUCCACCCGCUUUGAUUCUAUGGCUAACAUCUUUAUCAAUAUCACCAUAUCCCUGUAGCAUCGAUCCCAAAUAACGGAACGUGCCCUUCUUUGGUACUACCUGGCCUCCCAAACUUACAUCUCCAUCCUCACUAAUUGUAAUACCAAAGUCACAUCUCAUAUACGCGGUUUUGGUCCUGCUAAUUCUAAAUCCUUUUGACUUUAGGGUCUGACGCCAUAACUCUAGCUUUCUAUUUACUCCUUCCCGACUUUUAUCUACUAGAACUACAUCGUCAGCGAAAAGCAUACACCAAGGGAUAUCUUCUUAUAUAUCCCUCGUGAAUGUGACACCCCAGGUGUCUAUUUCAUGCUAUGUCGGGAGAUUUGUCCUAAGCUCGGACGCUCUAUGAAAAUUUCUAUCUCUUGAUCACGUCUAUCUCCAUUUAUCAAGUUACCCAUGAAUGUUUCACCAAAUUUCGAGUUAUUCGAUCUCGAGAAAUGACAAAUUUAGAGCCUGUUAAAACUUUUGUUUCUUGAAAUGAAUGUAAAUUCGAACGUCAAUCUCGUCUUGACAAUCCUCGUAUAAAGUUUAUUUAUCCAAACUCUCGACAGUUGUUAUCCGAUCUGUAUCUGAAUCCGAUUUCUUGAUAUUCGGUCUAUAUCAAAAUACGUGAUCUGAAUCCGCAUUCUUCGGCGAAAUCUCUGUUGUGUCAACCUCUAAUUAAUUCUUAUGCAAAUGGACUUGUUAUCUCUAUGUCAUCAUUCAUCUCUAGCUAUCAAGUGUAUUCUAAAGAUUUCUCGAAGUUGAAGCAAAUGCUCGCAUGAGAAGAUAAAUACUAGGCUUGCUUGAAACUGCUCGUGUGAACAAAUGCAAAUUUUGAAAUUCGAACAAACCUUGUAAUCUUGCUCAAACAACUCUAUAUGAACUCUACAACACAAGUUAUUAAUGGUCCAUGCCAAGAAAAUGUCGAGAAAAUACUACGAUUGGCUUAAAAUAUAAUUUGAAGCUUUAUAACGAUACUACUUUGACCAAAGUGAAACUUUGAUUUUAUAUUUGUAAGUGCAAUCAACCCUAAUUGAGGGUUUUGGUGAUUAAAUGACAAAACAAACAGAGAUU